GAGCAGUGUGAUAAAAGAAAUGUUUAGAUCGUGAUUAUGUUUUAGUAUGUACAGCAUUUUUACAUGAUGGCCGUAGAAUGCAUAGUGUCCUGCGUAACAUGUGUGUUUUGGACUGUGAAAAACAGUUUUUAGUUAAAUCGAGCAUAUUCCUUUAUUUAAUCAGGCCCAUCAGUACAUCAGACCAUCUGCAAUAGUAGGAUAAAGGAGUAAAUUAACUCAUGGCCAAAGACAAAUCUUUGAAAAGACCUGCAAAUCCGCCCAAAAGGAAGAAGUUGACUUCACUUGCUACCAAGGAUCAUGUGGAAGAAAUGAUGGAUGGUAAAAUACAAAAGAAAAGGAAAAGGAUGGAAGUGGAGGUGGCUCCAGUACAGAUUCCUCCUGCAACAUCUUCGGCACAUGAAAAAAAACAGAAAAAGGAUAAGAAACACAAAAACAGAGAAAUGACAGAGCCAACACAGAAGACAAAGCAAACUGAGAUUUCAGAUCCGCCCUGUCGCCCAGAGGGGCCACAUAGGCUGGAAGGAGAGGAGGACUUGAGCCCUGAGGAGAUGCGGGUCCUGGAGAGGAAGAUGAAGAAGAUCCUGAAAAAGGAAGAGAAGAAGAGGCUUAAAGCAGAGGGAGUGACAGAGAAAGCGGAAGCAUCUGGACCCACUGCUCCUCAGCAGGCCUUAGAUUACCUCACCUGCUGGAAUGAAAACCGUGAAGAAUGGAAAUUCCAGAAGACCAGGCAGACAUGGUUGCUGCAGCACAUGUUUGACUCCGACAAGAUUCCAGAUGAGAAGUUCUCCGUGCUGCUGCAGUACCUGGAGGGGCUUCGAGGAGGAGCCAGAGACACCACCGCGCAGAAGGCCCUGGCCCUGGUUGAAGAGUCAGGACAAGCACCAGAGGACAGCGCUGUCCAGCAGAGGGCGCACAGAGCCAGAGAAGUUAUCCAGCUGCUCUCCUGAAGCCAUCCCUAUCAUCAAAGACAGACAUAAGGUCCAACAGAGAGAGACUGGGACGUGUUUGUUGAUCGGUGGACUGGAUCAUUGCCCUGGUCUCAAGUGGGGACUAAAACUUAUUAUAUAUGUUUUGGGUUUUUUUUGGAAAAGGAUGACUUAUAUUAAAUUGCCAGUAUUGCUUCCAUUUUUUAAAAAAUGUAACGCGUCUACAUUACUUGUUCUUGUCCGUUUCUUGACAUGAUUGUGUUGUUGCCGGGUAGUAAUCAGUCAUCAAAACCAUUUUGUAAAAUUUUAUCUUACAUGUAGUUUUUUUAUUACAAGUUAGCAUACAUUAGCACCAUAUGGGACAGUAGCUUUUUUCACUACUUUUAUUUUUUUCAUACUCAGAAUAUAAAGAAUUCAGAGGACAGACCGCAGUUUUCACCGUUAUGGAUAGACGAGGACAUGUAAAUCCCCAAAGAUGAUAAGGAAAACCGAGGGACUGCUGGAGUUAAAAGUGUCAGGAAUGUUUGUAGACGUGACAUGUUUGCACAUGUCCAAGCUCAUAUUCUGUGAAGUCACUCAUGAGAAUAAAUUUUCUCAUCCACUCAAGACAUAAACAUGAUGAACAUGUUUUGGUUAUACGACUAACUUGUCACAGUGACUUUCAGCCCAGUAGUUCAUCUUCCGUACCUGUGUGUUUGAGAUCUGUGUUUAUCUACUUAUUCUAACCUCCUCUGUGCGAAAAACAGAUGGAGAGUAGGUACAAGAGCAGCUGCCAGUGCAGGCUGCAGGAUCGGGUAGAAUGUAGGACCCCUGCACUACAAAGGCACAUAUUUUGACCCUUAACUCAGUUUACAAAAUUUUCAGGAAGGAAACUGAGUCUCUAUAUGUAGGUGAAGGCUGGUGACAUCACUUCCUGGAUUUAGAAAAACAGACCCAAAUACAUUUUAAAAAGUUAAAAGUUACUCUCAUUGUAUCAUGCCACACACUUAAGCCUAUGUUAAUAUAUUUUACAUUGCAUUUGGUCUGAAAAAUACCAGUUAUUUAAUAGUUCCUUAUAUCCUCUCCAUUUUUUAAAUCCAGUUAUACCCUUCUAGAUGUUGUACCCUUUGUAGAUGUUUUCUGAUAGUGCCUCCUACCUGGUACGAGGCAUCCACUACAAAAAGUGAUAGUGGUAAAAACAUGGUUUGAGUCUUCACCUGUUCCUGUUUAUAGGGACUCAAUUUUCUCUUGUAAAAAGUCUUUAAACUUGCUGAAGACUCAGAUGUUGGAACAUGAACACAAACUUUUUCUACCCUCUCAGAAUUUUCCAUGUUCUCAAAAAGCCAUAUUUUUAUCUCUCAAUAUGUUGCUUAUUUACAUAAUCUGAUUCAAUAACAAGAUGAUCCUU